CGCCCCGCCCCUGGACACCAUCCCCCGCCCCUAGCCCCCUUCCCGCGUCGCGACGCACACGGCUCGGCGAAGGCAGCCACGCCGAGGUACGCUGUGCGGGUCGGGCCCAGAGGUGGACGGACGCGGGCGAGAGAUGAGUGAUUCCUGGAAGCAGUGAAGAGCGUGGCCUUGGGACUCUUGAUUCCUCAGACAUCAGUCUAGCACUAGGCAUAGGUGGUAGAAAAAUGAAGCCAGCAGGUACAGACCCAAGGAUCUUGUCUUUAGCUGCUGAAGUUGCGAAAAGUCCUGAACAGAAUGUCCCUGUUAUAUUAUUGAAGUUAAAAGAAAUAAUAAACAACACUCCUUUGGGAAGCUCAGAGUUAAAGAAAGUCAAACAAGAUAUAUAUUGUUAUGACCUCAUUCAGUAUUGUCUGUUGGUCCUCAGUCAAGAUUCUUCUCGAAUCCAGGGUGGUUGGUCUACAAUUUCCCAGCUUACACAGAUACUAAGCCAUUGCUGUGUGGGCUUAGAACCAGGAGAAGAUGGAGAAGAAUUUUACAAGGAAUUACUUCCAUCAGCUGCUGAAAAUUUUCUUAUCCUAGGGAGACGAUUACAAACAUGUUUCAUCAAUGCAACUAAGGGUGAAGAGCAAGAUAAAUUACUACAUUUUUUCCAAAUUGUGACUGAUUCUCUCUUCUGGCUAUUGGGAGGUCAUAUUCAACUCAUACAGAAUGUACUGCAGAGUGAUCAUUUCUUACACUUACUACAAACUGACAAUAUUCAGAUAGGAGCUACAGUCAUGACUCUGCUACAGAAUAUACUACAGAUCAACAGUGGUAAUUUACUCAAAAUAGAAGGAAAAGCUCUGCAUUCUAUUUUAGAUGAAAUUCUUUUCAAGCUUUUGUCAACUCCUAGUCCAGUCAUAAGAAGUACUGCUACAAAGCUCCUGCUAGUACUGGCUGAAUCCCAUCAGGAAAUUUUGAUUUUACUGAGACUAAGUGCCUGCUAUAAAGGACUUAGAAGUCUGCUAAAUAAACAGGAAACUCUUACAGAAUUUAGUCGAGAACUUAGACAGCUCGUUGAUCUUUUAACCCCUAAGAUCCAUCAGGAAGUAGAAGAACAGAAACUACAUAAAGCAGCUUGCUUGAUUCAAGCCUAUUGGAAAGGUUUCCAGACCAGAAAGAGAUUAAAGAAGCUUCCGUCUGCUGUGAUUGCCUUGCAGAGGAGUUUCAGAUCUAAACGAACAAAGAUGUUGUUGGAGCUAAAUAGGCAGAAGGAAGAAGAAGACCUUAGAUUAAGAUUGCAACUUCAAAGACAGAGAGCCAUGAGGUUUUCCCGAGAGUCACGCUUGAACAUGCUUGAAAUAAUUCAUCCUGGUCAAGUGGAGAAGUACAAUAGGGAAAUGGAAGAGAAAUCAGCAUUGACUAUCCAGAAACAUUGGAGAGGGUACAGGGAAAGGAAGAAUUUUCGCCAACAGAGGCCAUCUCUCACAGAGUAUAAAGCAGCUGUCAUACUUCAAAGAGCAGUUCUUAAAUUCCUAGCAAAGCGCCGUAAGAAAAAGAAACUCUUUGUCUCUUGGCAUGGACUCCAAGAACUCACUGAUGCACGCAGAGUUGAACUGAAGCAACAAGUGGAUGACUAUAUCAAAAGACAUCCGGGCUCUCAGAUGUCAGAUGUGGCCAGCAGAGAGCUCCAUGCACAAGCACAAGAACGACUUCAACACUAUUUUAUGGGAAGAGCCAUAGAAGAGCGAGCCCAGCAACACAGAGAAGCUUUGAUGGCUCAGAUCAGCACCAAUAUUGAACAGUUGAUGAAGGCACCAAGUCUGAAGGAGGCAGAAGGAAAGGAACCUGAGCAAUUCCUAAGUAGAUCUCGGCCUGUGGCAGCCAAGGCCAAGCAGGCCCAUCUUACCACCCUGAAGCACAUACAAGCACCUUGGUGGAAGCAGCUUGGAGAAGAACCAGGGGAUGAGAUUGAUGUUCCAAAGGAUGAGCUUAGUAUAGAUUUAGGAACUUUAUUUAUCGGUGGAACCAAACCUCCCUAGAGAGUUACUGUGAAAGCUGGCAAUCUUGCUUUUUAAGAGAUUGUUAGUUUUGCCUCUGGCAUGCAGGAUGACUAGGGCUAUGCCAGUGGCUUUCCAGCGCAUUAUCUUCAUGCAACACUUGGAAGCAAAAAGCAAAGCAUUGCCUACCUCACUCUCAGUUCUUUCCCCGUCUCUAUACCCUGUCUCUACUCACAAAAAAAUUUGUGGGCUUUAAUUGUGGGACAGAACUCAAUGUGAAAUUUUAUUGUUAAUAUGAAUUUUCUUUCAUUUCUGUUUUCUAACUAAAAGUUGUUUUGGUUUUGUUUUUAAAUAAAUAGUGUUUCUGGAAAAGUUGAA